AGUGCUGUCCAUGUGCACAAGUUGUGUAAGCUUAUUAGCAGCACCACUGGUCAGAGGAGGAGAUUGAGGUUAGUCUAAGCCCUAAUCCUCGUGGACCGUAUGCUUGUUACCCACCAAGCACGACAAAAUCCUGGCUCCACCCCUCCAAGAAAGAAACACACACACACACACACACACACACACACACAUCACAACAACACACGCUUUCCCUGCCGCCUUGUUUACUGCUCAGCUCCAGCUCUUCUUCUCUCCGUCUCUCUCUCAGCAGGAGGCCAGAGGAAGAGGAGAAAAAGGAGGGAGGAGGGGAGGAGGUGGUGCGCACUGUUGAGUAGUUUCCCAGUCGUCAUGACGACCUCACACCCCACCGUCUCCAGAGCUGUCUUCCUGUUGCCACGGUGACCUGAUCCUGUUCCAUCUCCGCUCCUCUUGAUGAUCCGGAUUGGGCUGAUAAAGGAGAGCGACCCAGUAGCGCCGUCUUCCUUCCCUGAAAACAGAUCGUGGAUGGGACAGCGAAUCAUACACAGGGACGAAGAUCGGAGGACAGGAAGGUGCGGCGUGCUGGGAAUGCUGUGGGAGUAACGCCAGAGUGUUGCCUGGAAACAGCAGCAUGCCAGUACAACAGAUAACUGUGGUGCCGGCCAGGGAGACAGCCAGUAACGGCAAGAGCGCUCCUCGCUCCAAGGACAAAAAUGAGGGAAGGAAGGCCCCUGGGCGCUCAGGGAGUCGAUCCAGCAACAUCUCCAAGGCCAGCAACUCUACAACAGGACUCACUACAGCCUCGAGGACAUCAAUCACCCCAUCCUCUCAGGACAUAUGCAGUUCUGGCCAGCUGACCCGUUUAGAGGAGGAUGCCUCUGAAUCACAGAAGCACAACAAGCACGCACACACCUCUGUGAUGACAGUCACCAGCACAACUCUGGGCUCGUCGGCUCAGGCCCAGAAGAAACAGGUGAAGCGCCGUCACCGCCGCAAGAGGAGCAGCUGUACCGCCUUUGACUGCGUGGACACCAACGGCAAACAGGAUCAGACGGACCGUAGCGACCGCAGCCUAAGCUCUGACCGCAGUGAGUGGGGGGAAAAGAGGGAGCGGUCUUUCAAGAACCGAAGGGAGCUCCCACCUCGCCUCCGCUGCUCAGGUGCUGCACAGUCUGUCUCCUCCUCCGAGGAUGAGGCGUGGCGUGAAGCGCGCAGCUGGAGCAAAGAAAAAGCCAGAAGAGCACGCCGCCGAAGCGGAAGUGAGAGGGCGACCAGGGGUAAAGGAGGCGAAGAUAAAGCAGACAUCAUGGAGUUGCAGUCGGUGGGCUCCGAUGAAGGGAGGGAGAACCAGCCUCUGGUGGAGGACAGUGGAGGCCUUAAGAAGCGGCACAGCAGCCAGGGCUCCACGAAGAGAGAAGGCCACGUUUCACAGAGGGAGGGUUCACAAAGCAGAGAUAAGGAGAAAAGCUGCAAGUCUCGGAGCCCAGGAGGCAGCUCUUCACUGGCAGAGGAUGGCGAAGAGCUCAUCACCAAGAGAUACCAAGAAAAGGGGUCAGGGGGUGGAGACAUGUCAGUUCCUACACCACAGAAACAUUGCAGUGUGAAUGGAGGUACACCACGGCCCUGUUCUGAUGACUCAGAGUUUGAGGUCUGCAGGAUCUGCCACUGUGAGGGGGAUGACGAGUGCCCGUUGAUAAUGCCUUGUCGCUGCACAGGGAGCCUGAGUUUCGUGCACCAGGCCUGUCUCAACCAGUGGAUCAAAUCCUCAGACACUCGCUGCUGUGAACUCUGCAAGUUUGACUUCAUCAUGGAGACUAAACUCAAACCUUUACGCAAGUGGGAGAGACUACACAUGUCGAAGAGUGAGAGGAGAAAGAUCUUCUGUUCAGUGUUGUUUCACCUGAUAGCAAUAGUGUGUAUGUUGUGGUCAGUCUACAUUCUGGUCAAGAGAACUGCUGAGGAGAUCAGACUUGGGAAGAACGGUGUGCUGGAGUGGCCCUUCUGGACCAAACUGAUUGUGGUGGCCAUAGGCUUCACGGGCGGCCUCAUCUUCAUGUACAUUCAGUGUAAAGUGUACCUGCAGCUGUGGCGCCGCCUCAAGGCUUUUAACCGCAUCAUCACUGUGCAGAACUGCCCUGAGAAAGACCUGCACAACCCUCAGGCCCGGCCCAGCGCCCUCACCAAUGGCAAGCACGAAACCGUGGAGGUCCCAGUCAGCCCGGCUCCAGAGGCACAGGUGGACUCAGAUAUGUCAGUGGAGGCUGCGGUGGCACCGACACAAAACCCUGUCUGACUGAUUCCGUUCCCGCUCAGAGAGUGGGAUCACACCGUGAAGAUGAGCCGGUGUGAUCACGGUGUGAUUUAGACUCAUCCAGUGUUUCAGUGUGUUGUCAUUCUCAGCUCCUGUGAUUUCUGAUCUUAUGAGACACAGCAGACAGAUUUGAAGGGAAAAAACCGUUCCUGUCCCUCAGUGGAUCACAGAAAACUGAAAGGCUGAAGGGCUGCAGUAAACUGAUUAAGUGAAGAACAACAGACCAGGUGAGGAGAUGUAAAGGAAAAUAAAGCCAUUAGCAAGGCCAGCAUGUACAGACUGUUGUUAUGUGGAAUAUUGACACCAUUUUAUUCUUGUAUGCACUUUUCAAAAACUGCACUGACAUGGGUUAAAGGUGUAAAUACCCUGUGGUUGCUAUUGACUAAAGGUCUCAGUAUGCUCCAAGAAAACCUUGGACGGCACGUUGUAUGACCACGUCUGAGGGAAAACAUGUCUACAGCUGUCCAGAACGGUUGCACUUGAAAGCCUGCUGUCACAGAGAGGCAAGAUGCGAUGAAUCAUUCAAAAACAAAUAGCAGUGCACACUUGUGGCUAGCCUCAAGUGAUAAGGUAGUUUUAUGAAAAAUAAAAUAGAGCAAUAGAGAGAGGUUCAUACCCUGCUUCCUCUCUCACCUCUGCACAUCUGGCCAAUCUUAGUGUAAAGGGUAAAUAUAGACAGUGGAUGCAAACUACUGCAUAAGUCUGUUCACACAAAGUGAAUUUGACAUUUUUGGAUGCACUUUGAAGCACUUACUCAAGGAAGCACUUACUCAAGGAAGCACUUAAAGGCUAGGGUAAGGUUAAAAAUGCUCAUCAAACAUGGCAACAUGAAAGACCUGACAGUUGUUGAAAUGGAAACAAUGGCGCAUGCUUUGGGAGGCAUUUGUCGCAUUGCACUCCCACGACACGUGGUGAAGGUAGCUGCGUGAAGCCUGCACACACCUCCACACAUCUGCUGCGUGAUGAAAGGAGGUUGGAGAGGAGAUGUUAGACGCUGUUAGACAAUGACAAGGUCUCUGUUUGAAGCAUACUGAGGCCUUAACUCUCCCUUUGGACAAUCAGGUCUUCAGACACCAAAGAGUCAGAUAUUAUAAAUAGAGAAACAAUUAUUUAAACAGUAUCUUUAUCUCAGUCUGAUAUCAAAAUUUAAUGUUAUUUACUGUCAUAGGAAAAGUUUUGAAUAUUUCUUAAAAUAGCAAAUCUCAAGUAGCCCAGUUGUUUUUUUUUUUUCUCUGAAAGUUUGCAGCUUUCCGUGGUCCUGCUCUGCAAGGUCCAUUAACUUAUACAUUUGUGUAACUAGAGCGUUCAUGGUUGCCAUUUGUUGUUUUACAUUAGGUUUUAACAGUGUUUGAACUGAUGCAGUGUGAACGACUGAGCUGUCAAUCUGCUAAAGGCAGCUGUUGUUUACACUUGUCCACUUUUAUACAGGUUUAAUUUGGGUUUGUUUGUUUUUUUUUUCUACUGGUGUCACUUCAAGUCACGGAAAAUACAAUUUUCUCUGUCUUAUAUCCACAACAUGAGAGCACUCAACAUCUUUGUCAAAACCUUUUUUCUAUCUCUGAUUGGAUAAAAUGGAAUAUUCAGGUUAUAUAUAUAUUGCAUAUUUGUUUGUGUAAUAAACAAUGAAUGUAGAACCCCU